GGCGUGGAGCGGAGGGGGAAGGCACGGCACGGCACGGCACGGCACGGCAAGGCGCGGCGCGACGCGACCCCGUGGCGCCGUACCGGGAGGGGGCUCUGCGCGGCCCGGCGUGAGGGCGGCAGGCGCCGCGCGCGGGGGCGGCCGCGCGCGCGCUCUCGGCGGGCGGUGUCAUCAUGACAACAGAGAAGAGCCUAGCGGCGGACGCCGACAAUUCGGAGCAGCAGCAAGCUAAGGAGGAGGAAGGGGCUGCUGAAACACAAAAUCAAGAGGCUUCCCGAGAGGAGGGGGCUCAGCAGACGGCAGGGGGACAGCCUGCAGCGGGGCAGAAGCAGAAGGCCUCCAACGGUGAUACCCCCACGCACGAGGAGCAGAGCAAGAAGGAACGGCGCACCUCCGAGGGCCGGGGUCUCUCCCGCCUCUUCUCAUCCUUUCUCAGGAGACCCAAGUCUCAGGUGUCCGAAGAGGACAAAGACACUCAUGCUUCUAAAGAGGCGGGAGGUGACCAGAAAGACCCGGGAUUAGGAGCCAGCCCUGAUGAAGACAUCCUGGUGAAAGCCCCAAUUGCAGCUCCUGAGCCUGAGCUCAAAACCGAUCCAUCGCUAGAUCUCCAUUCCUUAAGCAGUGCGGAAACACAGCCCGCGCAGGAGGAGAGGAGGGAGGACCAGGAGCCGGACAGCAGAGACCUCGAGGGCAAGGAAGGAGGGGAAGCCAAGGAAGAGAGCGCCAAGCCGGAGCCCAGACAAGAGACUCCGGAGACCAAAGCGGACAAGGAUUUGAAAGCCGCCCAGAAAGCAAUCAGAAGACACAGAAACAUGUACUGCAAAGUCGUCUUGCUGGAUGACACCAUUUUUGAGUGCGCCGUGGAUAAACAUGCCAAGGGGCAGGAUCUACUGAAAAAAGUCUGCGACCACCUCAAUCUCCUGGAAGAAGACUACUUUGGCUUGGCCAUAUGGGACACGCCGACCUCCAGGACGUGGCUGGAUCCUGCCAAAGAAAUAAAAAAGCAGGUUCACGGAGGCCCCUGGGAUUUUACCUUCAAUGUCAAGUUUUAUCCACCGGAUCCCGCGCAGCUGACGGAGGACAUUACCAGGUACUACUUGUGUCUUCAGCUUAGACAAGACAUCAUUACGGGGCGGCUGCCCUGUUCCUUUGCGACUUUGGCUCUGCUGGGUUCCUACACGGUCCAGUCCGAGUUGGGAGACUACGAUCCCGAUCUGCACAGCCCGGAUUACAUCAGUGAAUUUAAAUUGGCCCCAAACCAGACAAAAGAGCUGGAAGAGAAGGUUGUGGAGCUUCAUAAAACGUACCGAUCCAUGACUCCAGCCCAAGCAGACCUGGAAUUUCUUGAGAAUGCAAAAAAGCUGUCUAUGUAUGGAGUCGACCUUCACCAAGCCAAGGACUUGGAAGGAGUGGAUAUCACUCUGGGAGUCUGUUCCAGUGGCCUUCUUGUUUACAAAGAUAAACUGAGAAUCAACCGCUUCCCUUGGCCCAAAGUCCUGAAGAUUUCCUAUAAACGGAGCAGCUUCUUCAUUAAGAUUCGGCCAGGGGAGCAAGAACAGUAUGAAAGUACAAUUGGGUUCAAGCUACCAAGUUACCGGGCAGCGAAGAAGCUGUGGAAAGUAUGUGUCGAACAUCACACGUUUUUCAGGCUGACUUCCACCGAGGCCAUCCCGAAGAGCAGGUUCCUGGCGCUGGGCUCCAAGUUCCGCUACAGUGGCCGGACGCAGGCGCAGACGCGGCAGGCGAGUGCCUUGAUCGACCGACCCGCUCCCCAGUUCGAGCGGACGGCAAGUAAGCGAGCCUCCAGGAGCCUCGACGGAGCUAAACGUGCGACUCAAAAAGUUGAGUUCAGAGCCGUAGAGGACGAGAAGCAGGAGAAGGUGGUGGUGGUUGAGGUUCCUGAACCAAAACCCGCGGAUCAGAUCCGAGAGAAGCCAGCCAAACCCGCUCCUGAAACUUUUCAAAUGAAACCCAUUGCAGAGGAGGAGGAGGAGGAGGAGAAAGUAGAGGUGGUUAAGGUGCCCGUUGCUGAGCCAAAGUUACCGGAGCCGUUGCGGACGCGGUCAGCAGUGGCCGUGAUAACUCCUGAGAGGAGUCCCCGUCCCACCUCUGCCCCAGCCAUCGCUCAGGCCCACGCUGCGGAGCCGGUCCCGGCUAAGCCCGAUGCCAAGGACAUGGUGGCUGCCUCUAAAAUAGAAAAGGAAGUGGCAAAACCCGAUGUGAGACGUGAAGAAAUCCCACCGGAGAAAACCAAGCCAGAGCCGGCCGAUGCAUCAAAGGUGAGGAAAACGCACAUUGAGGUCACAGCACCCACCACGAAGGGUGACCAGCCCCAGCAGCAGCCUGCAGAAAAAGAGGAAGAACUGAUAAGAAUGAGGAAGAAAAGAUCAAAGAGGCUAGAUGGUGAAAACAUUUAUAUCAGGCAUAGCAAUUUAAUGUUGGAGGAUCUAGAUAAGACCCAAGAAGAAAUAAAGAAGCAUCACGCCAACAUCAGUGAGUUGAAGAAGAACUUUAUGGAGUCCGUCCCGGAGCCUCGGCCGAGUGAAUGGGACAAACGUUUGUCCACUCACUCUCCUUUCCGAACCCUCAACGUCAACGGGCAGAUCCCCACGGGAGCGGAUGGAGUCAAGAAAGUCACUGUCCUAUCUUCUGAGAGACAGUCUCCCAGCUACUUUCUCCCCAAUACUCAUCGCUUGGGGGUGUGCAAAGAACCAGUCCCAAAAUACCGCACUGAUCAGAGGAGGCUAGCUCAACUGAGAGAGCUCAGAGCCAAGUUUUUCCUCUCCUAGCUACGCUUGGGUUUGUCCAGGUCUGGCAAACUAAAAGGGUGGAGAGUUACUGAACGGCAACACUGCCCACAAUCUUUCCUUUAUUCGACAAAAGCGUUAGAGCCCUUGCACGAUCCUACGGGAUGAUUUUCUCAUUCUGGGAUUUUUUUUUUAUUUUUUUUUUUUUUACAGUCUUUAGACUCCAGAAACAAAAGUGCUAAAACGCGGAGGGAAAUUUUAAGGAGCUUGCGAUGCUCCGACUGCCAUCCUGCCCCUUCCACGCUCGGGGUUUCUAAGACGUAAGGGUUUUUCACUUGUUCCAGUAGAAUUUUCGAAACAAUUGAAAUUUUGAUACUGUCGCCAGAACUUUGAAAACGCAUUUUGUAUCUGCACCGCACUCUGGAUGUUCAACGCUAUUUAACAAACCCUGUUUUUUAAGGGCACUGUAGAAUAGGAAGCUGUCAAAAGACCACGUUUUGUACUACACAAUUUCUAUUUCUAAUGCCUCAAACUUUUUUGCCAACCAUUCUCAUUCCAAAACACUUUGGUAGGUUUUGAGCGUACGUUUUUUUGGGAGGGCAGGUGCAAAACACGCCUCGUCGUGAUGCAGGGGUUUGUGACAAAACGCACCCGAUUCUGACCCAGGUGUCCAUGAGCUCUGCAGAGAGAACUGGAUUUUGUAGCUCUGAAGCUGGUGUCACCCAAGCCACCGGCGGCUCUGCUCUCCAGGAUAGUUUAUUUUUCUGAUGAGAGAAAGGCUGUCCUAACGCUUUGCACACCUCCAAGUGUCAUUUUGGGCACUUUCCAUCUGUCAUUUUUGUUCAUCUCUCUCUGUCUUUCUUGAUCUUCUACCACGAAAGCAGACACAGGAACGUCCUCUGUUAGUACAGGAUGAAGACAAACUAAAAAAGCAGGCGAUACCUACUGAGACAGCCUUUCCCCGGCAAGCAAGUGAAGAAACUCUUCCAAAGGUUUCUAUUCCAAUUCCUGAAGAGCAGAAAUCUCUCAAAAAGUGUCAGCUGUACUCUAGCAUUUUUCCUUCUCCACGUAUUCCCUUUAUGAUGUCCUUUCUCCUGGUCGUAGCGCUGACUGUUUGGUGGCUGCUCUUUCUCUGAGUGGCAACAGGGUCAUGUUGAAACCUCAAGACCAAAGCUCCUGAAUUUCUUGGCCGUAGCCUCUGCUGCAUCUUCCUUGUCCUGGUCUCUGAUCUCCGUAGUUCUCUGUCCCGGGGAGGGACGCCCCGCGACCGCCGUGUUAAUCCCCGCUGUGUGUCGGUGUGUAGCUGUGAUCCAGGACCUGGCAGGAGUGGUCAUGGAUUGCCGGGUCCGUUCUGCAGUUUCCUAGUGCGCAAAAGCAAAUUCUCUGACCCGUGUUCCCGAUCGCUGUGAGAGGGCAGACGGGGAGCGUAAAGACGUGGGAGGAGACCUCUGCUUCUUCGGCCCCUGUAGACCUCACCUAGGAAUGGCUGGAGACGUGCUUUUAAGCUUCUUGUUUUAAAUGUGAGAUGUUCACAAGCUGAAGAACAUUUGAUACUGAUCCAAAACAGGUUGCCCAGAGAAGCUGUGGCUGCCCCAUCCCUGGAGGGGUUCAAGGCCAGGUUGGCCGGGGCUUGGAGCAACCUGGGCUGGUGGGAGGUGUCCCUGCCCAGGGCAGGGGGUGGCACUGGAUGGACUUUAAGGUCCCUUCCAACCCGAACCAUUCUAUGAUCUAUUAUUCUAUGAUAAAAGGGGCUUUACAGCAGUCUGCUGAAUCUAAUCCAUAACCACUCCUUUUCUAGGAAACUGAGAUUGGCGUUUAAAUAAAAAAAGUGUUGAUUAUCACUGCUGCCGUUAGCGUUAACUUAGAGACAGGGACGGGCAGCUUUUCAUUUGCCCGGCGGGGGAAGCCUUUUGCAAAGCGCCACGGGUUCCCUCUCGCACCCUUGUUCUCGUUUCCAAGAAAAUACAUCGUGUUAUAGGAGAAAACCCAGUCCAAGGAAGUAUUUAUUGUAAACGUUAGAUGAACCAUUUUUUCUGAAUCUGGUGGUCUUGGCGCACUUCAGAUGCGUGUUUGUUUUUAAUUUGUGUUCAACUAACUGCCGCAUGUUUGCUUAGGUCGCAGGAGUGGAGUAACCCGCUCUUAGGUACGUCUCCUCUGUCAGCAUGUUGACCACAUCAGGACACGCUUCUAAUGUUAAAGCCAUCGAUUGUUUUGACUUCUCUUACAAAACCGUUGCAUGCUGCCUGUUGUUUAUUGCCUACAAAUGUAAAUGUCUGGAUGAUGCUCCUGUUUAUCCCAGUUUCCCUGGCUGAGCUGCCUAGGCUCCGAGAUGAGUUGCCAGAACUGGUUCGCGAGCUGGAGGGAAGGUGGGACUUUGUGUCUAAGGGGUUUCUUUUCUGUAUAUAGUAAUUAUGGGACUGAGCUGAGCCAACCGCUUCUCCUUUCGGCAGUAGUCUGCUUUCCGUUGCUUUCUCUGGAGGGUUGGUGCAGACACAAUCACUUCUGAGACGAGCCACCGGUGCCAUCAGCGUUGGCAGCUGCGCCGGCAGCACAGAAGCGAAAGGCGUCGACCUUUAUUACAGGGACUAAAAUAUGUGAAUAUAUAUAAAUACAUGUAUUUAGAACCCUUUAUAGAUCCGUAUCUGUGUGAACAGUGUUAUUUAGGAAGCUAGCAGAUAAGCUUGCAGGAAAAAAACAUAAAGGCAAAUAUGGCAUGUGCUGUCUGACCUGAAGGACCGUGGUGUCCCAGGGACCAUUUGAGCUGCCUCUCUUGCUUUCAGUGUACAGGUCGAGGCUCUCUAAACGCUGUCUCAGACACUUAGGUUGCUAGUGAAAACCCUUCCUUUUAAUCUCACGGGAAUCUUUCCGAUUCCUCUUGUAACCUGCUCUGAUUAGUUCACCGGUUCGUGCCUUUAGGACUUUGUUUUGUGAGGAUGCUGAUUUGCAUUGGAGAGUAUUCUUCCCUUUUUUAAUACACUGCCUUUUAAUACACAGUCUUCCUCUUUCGGCCGUUGGAAGCGUAGGAUUCCCUGGGUGGUUGUACAGGCGUCCCGUGGUGGGAAGGAGAGCUGUCAGCCGCACAGGCGGCGGGCGGACAGGGUGGCAUCCUGGGAACACGCUUUAGGAUGCAGGUGAACUCUGGCGAGCUCGAUGUGAAGUUUAGGAAGACUAUCUGGAGAAGGUGGGCCCUGGAGAGGAGAGGUGGGAGCGGUGGGGAAGGAUGCUGAGGCGCCACGUGCUGUGCAGAAGAUGCAGGAAACCAGGGGGAUGCUUCUGGCUGGGAUUCCCUGCCUGAAUCUCCUUCCCAAAAUCAGAACAGACGUGAUGAAAACCAGGGACUGUUCGUUCUCCCCAACCUGGCCUGGAGAGGGAAGGGACAGGCGUUGUUCGGAUCUCUCUCUGUCCUUUUUCUGUCCGUAUUUCCUGGAGUAGAGCAGCUUAAACACACGCCUGUUUCCUUUCAAAAGCCAUUGCUCGGGUUCUGCCGCGAUGCCGCUUUGAGCGCUGCUGAGGUCGCCGCAUGCUGUCCUUCUGAACCGAUGGCGAGCGCUUUGAAGCCACGCCAGCGGCGUUUGCAAAGCCGUGGUUUCUGUAGCUCUGUUGACCAUUUCCAAAGGACCUGAAGUCUGAAAAUCUUUUCCCAGAGCAAUGUUUGAACACCGUGCUCAGGCUGUCUUAUCCCGGAGAUAAGAUGCACUCUGGUAGUCACUUCAACUCAAUUCUUUAACUUCUUAAUUAAAACGGUCUCUCACUUGCUUUCUCUUCUUUUUAAAUCUUGAGAUAAGGCUGGUUAUCAUCAGCAAAAAAAACUUUGAAACUUUACAUUCUGAGAAUGCUCAGGAACGUUUUUGGGAUUUAUAUAACAAUUACCACUGCAGACCACAAAGAGACCGAACAAAUGCUUUGUAUUUCUAUGGCAGUUUAGAGGCCAGUUAUUCUGUAUUCAGCCGGGUGGACGUGAUCUCUUCUGACAGAGAAAGCCCAAAGCUUAUCAGGAACAGAAACCUCAUCCGCCCGACACCGCCGUGGUGUGUCCGCUGUGCUCCAGCCCUUUUGCCGCUCGCUCCUCCACCUUUUUCCCGUUUGCUUGCAAGGCAAAGGGAGUUUCAGACGUGCCCCGUGGCAGUCCACCUCAGGUCUCUUUUCCUCCACGUUCUACAUCUCUUUCCUGCACAUGAUGUAUCUCCUACAUGUUGGUGGUUGAUUCCUGGUUUUCUCCCAUCUCCUUUGAUAUCCAUGCAGGAUGUGGCACUGAAGGAAGGGAUUUUGGGAUGCCUGCUGUGCACAGGGAGAGUUGAUCGGCUCUAGUUCCGUUCAGGGCAGAGGUCUCAGGGUUUUUGUAAAGGAACCAACGCGUGUGCUUUGCUCCCUUUUUUUCUCAGGAACAAACUUGCUGCAAAGCACCGGCAGCCCCCGGCUGCCAGCCCCGACUCCGUCCCUGAGCCCCAGCCAUGGUGGGAUUUGUACGUGGCUGGUGCGAUGCCGGUCCAUGAGUGAUGAAGUGGGUUAUCCCUUCCCAAGGGAAGCUGGAAAUGUCCGCAGCACGUCACCUCAUCCAGGCUGGCGUUGACAAAUCCUGAAAACUCACUUUCUGAAUUUUCUUAUCAGCUCUUCUGAACUUCACGUAAAACGCGGAAUCUUGUGCUUUCACGCUUGGGGAAAAGGCGGGCGUUCGUAUUUUUGAAGCAGCGAGUGCCAGAGCCCACGGCUUGAAACUCAAAUUCAGUUCUGAGGCUGCGUUGGGUGUGGGGCUCUGUAGGUUCAUCGGUCAUAUUCAAGAGGUGCGCAUUAGUGUAAAACAACAUCGUUUUAUUCUUUUCCACUAUUAAAAGUGAACAGGUAGAUGAGGGUAUUGCCUGCAUCUCCUGCCCUGUGCUGUGGGUCAGUGGAAGAUGAACUGAGGGCUCUGGGCAGGUCGGGUUGGGGUACGAAGUUGAGCUCAGACCAGUUCUCCUCCCUUGUAGGAACUAGUGACCACCCUAAAAAGUAGGUAUUCAAUAUUUGCCUCCUAUCCCGAAAGAAUGAGGAGAGGUGGAUUUCCUCAGCGUGACACCAAAGGAGAGUCUUGGAUGGAAGGAAUGAGGUUGGGCUGGCCUUGCUGUCUCCGUACCGCGGGGCUCCUUGAGGAGGUUCUGGGCAAAGUGUCUUUCACUUCACUCCACGUAAGGGUCAGUCGUUUGUCGCUCUGAGAAUUAUUCCAGGGGUUUAGUGGGUUUUCUUUUUUCCUGGUCAUGAGUUGAUGGCGCCUGUUCUGACCUACAAACUGAGGUAGGAUGCUUUCUGGAAGGUUUUAGCUCAAAGAAGGGUUACAGCUUCAUUUAGAAACUCUUUGGUCUGUACUUAGGAGCGGGUGACAUUGGACAACCUGACAGUGGUGGUUCCUCUCGUGUCCCUGUCGGCAUCUGUCUCGGUUUGUGAAGCUGGAGGGAAGGACUAGCCUUGGUUUGUGCCACUUUGGGAUCUCCUGGCAGUGGUACACGGUCACGUUAAAUCAGUUUAUGGGGACUAAAAACACUUUCUUUUUUACCUGAAAUGCUCUCUUUUGGAACACUUUUUCGGUUUUGUAUUUUUUCUCAGAUUUUUCUUUGUAAAUAUGUACAUUUCUCAUUAAUAAAUGUUAUUGCAAAUCAGAUUCCUCUUGCCACUGCUUAUUAACAACAAAGCUGUAUAUGACUGGUGUUAACGACUUCCUCGGACUAACCCUCGGUCUCGCUCUCUCAAACCAGGAGCCAUCAGACCCCACUUCGUUACUCGUUGCGUUCAGGGUGUUGGGACUGAUGGACACCUUCUGGUGUGGCUUUCCUGCUCCUGGGGAGCCGGGACACGCUCUCAAACUGGCCAGAAUAAUUCGAUUGAGGAUUAAAUCCAGCUUGGUUUAAGAAGGGCUUUGUUAGCAGAGGGGUCGAAAGGUUCAUCCCUCUUCCAAAUAUUUAAUGUACCACUAACACGUUCUCCUUCUUCGCUUCCGGGACUGAAUGGUAAGAAAAAACGUUUGCAGAAAGUUGUCCCGAGAGCAGAAGCAUCGUAAAUCCUGCGCAAUGCAACUGCGAGAGCCUCUGCCCCACAUAUUGUGUUAAUUUGAGGACAAAACCGCUCCUUUGCGGUUUUGUAAAGCGAAGAAACCACGUUCCUAAUGAACCACCGCCUUUCUGCUUGGGAAUACAGCGCGAGUUGGGUUUGAGCUGGUUGGAGCUGCCUGAGGUCGUGUGUAGAGGCUGUGGCAAGAGCCAGUCUUAAUUUUAACUCCCGAUUUUUCUUCCGUCAGCUUAUUUCUACUUCUGGAUAAAGCGUUUGGCUCACUCCGCGCGGUCACGGGAAGGCAAAUCCGGCUGCGACGGAGCAGCGCGGGGCUCGUGCUGCUGCUCUCCCGGAUGAGCCUGGUGUCAGAGCUGUAACUUCAUUUAGGAAACGCCGCAAGAAAAUGCAGCAGCGCAAAAGCGAUUUUAGUUCUAAACCCUGACGGAGUCCCCGCUCUUUUCACUUGCUGCCGCAAUCUUUGCGAUGCCGCUAGCCGCUUUUCUCUCCGCAGAGGGAAUUUGGAAUAAGACGUGCAGAGCUUUGUACCGCCCCGUCCAAGGGUACCUGCCCCACAAAAGCGGUGGGAAGGGGGGGCAGGGUGGAUGGGGAGAGGAACGCAUCUGGAAUCAUAUUGCUCAGCAACCUUAUUUUAAUAACUUUAAGUAUUGAUCUUGAGGUUGUUUCACGUUGCAAAGUAGUUGAUGCGGUUGGAUUGGAAGUGGCUGCGGUGCAUCAUGUAAUAUCUUGUGAUUCUUCUUCACCACAGCAAGUUAAAUCGUUUGAAGCUCGUAGCAUGCUGUGCAUUUUCUAGCCUUACUUUUAACUUGGGUCAAAUUCUCUUUUGUCCUGCUGUCCUCUGACUGGGCUGGUCAGGAUGUUGUGGUCAGAUCAACGGCGAUUAAAAAAUCAGCCCCAAAAUGCAAAUCCAUAGGUAACGCCCAUCACUUUCAAACGCCAGGGUUUGUUGGACGGCUUCUAAGCUUUUUAACUUCUAUCUUAAAGCAGUUCUGUAAGGCAUGGCAGGUAUCGUAAAAUAAGGAUCUCUUGUUUUCUGCUUGAUAAUACUUUUUACCCAAGUGCUUUGACAGCGGUGAGAUUGAGCGUCCUUUGAUCGGGGAGUUCUCACUGGUGAGUGUGGUUCGCUGCAAAAGCAACAUCGCCUACUUGUGCGCCUGUGGCCGCUCGCAUGGAGCCUGUUGAGCUGAUGUGGGUGCUCGUUGGGGGAUAACCUAAUAACACGCGCCAGCGGGACCGGCUGCAGUGCCGUAACGAGCGAGGAGGGGACUGGGAUGUCCUAACCAGCUGGCAUGUCUAGCAUUUCAUACGGUGGUUGUAAGGAGUUAGCGUGCACCCUAAUUUCAUGUUUUUCUAAUUUUUUUAUUAAAUGCUUUUGGGAAUCGCCAGGUUGACUUCAUCGUAGCGCUCCUUCAGCCACCUCCCCUGCAGGGCACUGGUUUGGGGUGAGGGUGAUUGAGUAUUUCUGAGCAGAGGGGCAGCAGCGUGCCUGCCCCGGCGCCCGCUGGGGCAGCUGCUUCGUAUCGAUACAUCCUGAUCCAAAAUUGAAAAAAACACAGGGGAAAAAAAUUUCUCCAAAACCACCUUUUAAGAAAAAGAAAUCUUUUUGGUCGCUGGUAUCAGCCGUGCGGUUCAGCCUGUUAUUAAUUUAUCCCCAGCCUGAAUUCUCGUGUGUCACUUCUUACACCGCAACGCUUAAACGAAGCCGUAUCCUCGGCGCUCGUCAACACCAGGCGCACAAAGUCGGGUAUUUGGCAGGGUGGUGGUGGUGUCGCAUUCGUGUCUGCUCCCAUUUGUUUCUUCUGGGGCACCGCAUCCUGCCCCAUGUUGUCCUGACACCGCGCGUGGCUCGUGCGAAUCCUCUGCUUCCCGCUUGGUCCUGGCACGUCCCUGGUUCGGUUCUGGCUCUGCGGAAAGGAGUCGGCAGCCCCGGCUCCUCCGGGUUUCACGGGUCUCGAGGAGAGCUCGGAACUCUGCGGAAAAGUCUCUCCGAACUCUCUCGAGGAGAGCUCGGAAAUCUGAGCCUUGGAAAUAGGAACGCUUUCGCAUUUGCAAAUUAAAAUAAAUCUUGAUAAGAUCAGAAUUUGUAACAGAUGUUCAAAUUCCUACGAGUGGGGGGGGGGGUGGUAUUUUUUUUUAUAAAAAGGUCAUCUUUUCUAGCCUACAUGCAAACUGCGUUUUUAAAUAUAGGAACAAACAUAGUUGCAUUUAAAAAAAAAAAAAAAAAAAAAAAAAGCGUGUGUAAACAGACAACUUCCUAUAGAAAGAAAUACCUUUCGAUUUGUCUUCUUACCGGUAGAAUAGGAUGGCAAAAAAAAAAAAAGCGCUUCUGACGGGUUGAUCUUAUCAGGAUUUCACUCUGCCGUUAUCGCUUGCAUGUUUAUUGCCGCGCUUGGCUCUGCUGAGACACAAUGUGUGUACGCGUAGGCUUCGCGUAAAAGAUUUUCUCUUCCUUUAUGCUUCUGCCAUAUAGGAUACUUCCAAACUGCAAUUCCAAAAUGUCUCUUAAAUAAGAUCUGGGUUUAUGGAGCUGCUUAAUCUCCUCUGUUUUAUCUGGGAUUCUUCCUCUUGGUCGAAGUAGUGCCCAGCUGGUAUGGAAGGAAAUGUUGCUCCAAAGGCAUUUUCCAUUAAACUCCAGAAGAUAUACCGCGUCUUCUCAAGAUCCCAUGAUUAAUUUGCGAUUAAUUAAGGAGAGCUCAGUAUAUCGGCAGUAUAUAAAUCCAGCUUUUAAAGCAGUGUUAAGGUAUUGGCGUUCAAAGCUGAUAACCUCCGCUCCUGUUCUGUUGCGUGAAAUAUUGCAGUGUGACAUCUUGCCUUAGGCAAAACGAGGGUGGAAUCCGGAGAUACCGUUGGAGGAGCACACAUGGAAGCGGUUUUCCAUCAGAAAUGACUCUCUGUGUGCGGUCAGACCUGGUGAUCCCAGUGCCGAUCCCUGUCCCUUCGCUUCUCUUAAAUGCCUUUUCCUGAGCAAUAUCCCAAGAACUGAAGAGGAGCCCGAGGGGCUGGAAAUCCUCACGGCUAGAAAUCUUACAGGUAAUCCGUCUGCAACAUAGAGAACAAGGCGACUGAAAAAUACCUGGGAGGAAUGGUGGAAGAGAGUAAUUUCUUGAAAUGAUACUAAAAUAAGCAUCUAUUUGCUCCUCCGUCAAGCAGCUCCUAUUCUUAAUGUACUAUUGAACGGUGCCAUUAGAAGAGGUCAAUCGGGGUGAAAGCCUCUGGGGUACAGAAAAAUGCAUUGAACUGGGUGACCCACAGGCUUCAGACCUGCCGUUUUAAGCACAAAUUACAGGUUUUUUUUGGUUGCCCGGAGAAUCUUCUUAGUAAAAAGUGAGGUCAACGUUUUCUGUUCAUCUUAAUACCGCCGCCAAAAUUAGAAUAACAGCUGACAAAAUGGACUCGCCAGGCUUUUAUGAAAAUUUAAUCACUGUUUUUGGAUGAACAGGUAUGUGCCUAUUUUUAUACAAAGUUACCAGAAAUCAACCCUAAGGUUAAUUAUUGAGAAGAAAUGAUGAUGGCAUUGAUUAAGCAGCAUCCUGCUGGGUUUUUUCCCCCUCCUUCUUCCCUGAUGCCGGAUGAUGUGACGACUUCGAUAUGUGUAAAAUCCUGGAUGCCCGUAACUGCUUCUUCUGCCCUUCCUUGAAGGCAAAUUUCUGUGUCAAUAAUCAGAGAAACGCUAUUUCUCAGGACUGCGGCCAUCAUUCACCGCUGGUGACUGAAAUGCUGCUUCUCUAUGCAUGUGAAAUAUUCAUCACUCAGGCAUUUGGGCCAAAAAAAGAAAAAAGUUAUUUUUGCUAAAGCUCUCUGUCUUGUUCAUGUUUUAACUCUUCUCUCCUCUCCCUGUCGCCUCCCUCCUGGCUGGAGGCCUCCCAGAGGUGUGAGAAGACCUAGUUGAGACCUUGCUAAGGAGCUGAAUGGAGAGAAUGACACCAGCCUUAAUUAAACCGUCUGGCUUGGCACGCUCUUCCCAAAUCUCCCCGGUGCUCUAGACGUGCUUGCUCGCUCCUCGGAAGGCUGGGUUUGCUUCGUUGCGUGUCUUCUCUGCCGUACACCAUCGCACAUGGCAAUUCUCUCCUACCUUCGGGAAGGCUUAGCAAGUUUCCAACUUGCUUUUGGCGUAGAGCGAGUUAACAAAUAUUUCGGUAGUCCCCAAUAAAUGGUCAAAGGUGGCUCGUUGAGCAGUUCAAACCUGGACCGCGUUCUCGGCAGCGACGGGCUCAGCGCACAACAACGUCGGGCUUUCCAGCGUGAAGCCCCGUUGCUUCAUUCGCCGGCUGAAAAGUUUUGCGCCGAGUUCAUUGGGCCGGUUUGUGUAGAAGAAAUAACACAAAUUCUUUCGGAGGACCAGACUGCACCGUCAGUUCAGGAGCUUCUCAGUAACGGAAGCGGCUGAUUUCAGUACUAACUUGUAGAUAUUCCUACAGUAAUUUUAUCGAGGCCCUAACGACAAGGCUGUUAGUUAUCCCGCAGAACGCAACGGCAGACGAGGUGUGCUCGGAGGUGUGAGCGUUCCCAAGGGCGAGGAAAAGAGCGAGGCACAGGCUCCGCGGGUUAUGGUACACACUGGUGAUGCUGGGCUUCUUCUCUUCGCCUCCACUGGCAAAUUAAAACCCAGCGUUAAAUAUUUCAAGGAGUUCAAAGCAGAAUUGGGGGGUGUGGUCUCGGUGUAGUUGGUGGGGUUUGUUGCACAUGCGGAUUUUGGAUGCGCGCAAAUCCCUGCUUCCUACUCUGAAAUUAUUCCUCGUUCCAAACUGGGCAAAAAGUGCUUGGUGGUGGCUGUUCCUUCAGUUGCAGAGAGUUGUUUUACUGUUAAUUCCUUCAACUUUAGGAGAGUGGAUUAUUAAGGUACCAGGAAGGCCGUGGCAGUAGAUGCCAUGGGUACAUCCCACAGCACCCGGGUUUCCAAGCUUUUAGGUGUCCCAGCCCACCGCUGUUGCAUGCGUUACUGGAGAUGUGAUACGUUAUAAGAAACCGAUGUUUUUGCCUUUAUGCUUCAUGACCUCCAGUUCUCCCUAACGCUCUCUUUCUCUCUCUCUCCCUGGCCUUUUUUUUUUUCUUUUUUU